AUAACACUUCGCGGACGUUUCGGUUCGAAGGCCGCGCAGGUGUACCUGCGUCUCACGUUGCCAUAGCGACCGAGCCUCGGGCUCGCGGAUCCUCGCUGCCCGGUCAACAUCUUUGAGCAUCCGCAGCUCCGGAGGCGGGAGUCCACAUUGAAGUCACAGACCUGAGCAUAUUCUGGAAUUGACUACACUUCUACUUAAAUGGAUUAAGACCUCACCUUUGAUUAUUCAACAAACUCUUAGAAGAGGAAACAGACCCUUGGACAUCCUGGAAGACCAUACUCGUCUCCGCAGGUAGGAAACUAUGUGAAAGAAUCCUCUGAUGUCAUAAUUUCUGGGUGUCACUGGAACAUUUGGUCAUCAUUUUCUUGGCAAUUCCAGCUUUCCAUAGAAGGUCAGUAGACGCAGUUGACUGACUCAUUGAUCUCUACUUGAAACAGACUCAGGCUAUUUUGCUAGACUUCUGGUGAAUUAUGCCUUUUCGGUGUGGAACCCAGCCAAGAAGAUUUCCAGUGGAAGGAGGAGAUUCUUCAAGCGGACUGGAGCCUGGCCUGAGCUCUAGUGCUGCCUGUAAUGGAAAGGAGAUGUCACCCACCAGGCAGCUCCGCAGAUGCCCUGGAAGUCACUGUCUGACGAUAACUGAUGUCCCCAUCACUGUUUAUGCCUCAAUGCGAAAGCCGCCUGCACAAAGCAGCAAGGAAAUGCCUCCCAAAUAGCAUCAUUAAGUCUUUGCGUAGAGGUCUGACUAGGUCAAGGGUAAUGGGCCAGUAUCCUCUUAUAAUCCAGUAAACAAAUAAAAGUGGUGGCACCUUUGGAUGAUGACAAUAA